CACUCGCGUGCACUGAAUGUCCACAUUAUUUGGCUAACACUGUGGGCCCGCCCUUUUUCCCUACGGUAACGCGUAUAUAACGCGGUGCACAGCAGCACUCCUCCACACUAUUCUUUCAGCAACAGCAGGAGCUACAGCAGCUUUGGAACCGCUGAUAGUAACGUUAAUUUCUACAACGUGAUGGCUGUAACUGGGCCAAGGGAUGACUUCUUGGGAAAUAAUGACCAUUUUAUGGCUGCGGCAGUCCUGGCGGGUAAAAGAAGCAGAGACCCUAGCACUCAGGUUGGAGCUUGUAUUGAGAAGGACGGAAAACUGGUUAGCAUCGGUUACAAUGACAUGCCCGUGGACAAUAAGAGAUUCCCAUGGGGAAAAAAACCUGGUACAACUGAACAUAAGUACCUUUAUGUGUGCCAUGCAGAGCUCAACGCCAUAAUGAAUGCGGAACGCGCUGAUGUGAAAGGCGGCACCAUGUACGUGACACUUUUUCCGUGCAAUGAGUGUGCCAAGCUCAUCAUCAAAGCAGGUUUAAAGGAAGUGGUGUAUCUCUGUGACAAGUACAAGUCCCAAGUCGAGUUCCAGGCUUCUAGGAUAUCACUUGACACAGCUGAUGUACCGCACAGGCGGUUCCUUCCUGAAAGAACACCAACUAUAAUCACCCUUGAGAUAGGUUACAAUGAAGAAAUUAGCCAAUAGUGGCGGAAGAACUAUCCUAAUCCACACUUGAGUAAAAGUACAGAUAUCUCCCCAGAAAAUGACUGGUAAAAGUAAAAAUCCCCCAAUAGAAUGACACUACUACUAAGGGUCUUUCCUCACCUUCCCUCCCUCUUCAUCCUCCCUCUCUCCCUCACAGUAACGACUCCUCUUACUUGACUUCAUCGUUUAAUUUUUCAUUUGAACUUUUCUUACAUUUGAUGAUGUGACGUGAGAGCAAUAUAAACCAUUUAGCUGACGUACACACACACACACAAACUUCAACUUGAAAUAAUCUUCCAAUAAUGCCAGCUCGACUAAUAAAUCAUGAAUCAAACUCUUUACGACUGGCGUGCUUUUUGAGUUACAGGUCUGAUGGCCCUGUAACUCAAAACACUAAUUACAACUGGACAGGUCUAAUUUAUUCAGCUUUUAUUUUGUAGCGAGUAAUGAAGAUGAAAAGGGAAAAUCCAUCAAAGUAAGUGUAUACAUUUUAUAGAGGAAAAGUAACGGAGUAAAAGUAAAAGUUGCUAGAUACUUUACUUAAGUACCUAGCAUUACGGAGAGUAACUUUACUUAAGUACCUUUACCAAUCCUGAAAAAACUACUGAAGAACAGUAAAAAAAUAUUUGUACUUUGUUACUAUACACCACUGCCCAACAUGCUAAACUUUACAAGAGUGGGGGGGGGGGGGGGGGGGGGGGGCUUUCUUUGUCUCAAGGAAAUACUCUAAAGUGCAGGAUAUUUGCACUUUAAAAUGUAUUUCCCUUCCCAUUGAUAAACCUCAUGAUUAUGAGAAACUUUCCUUUUUUUCUAGGCAUUUUAUGGCUUAAUGCAAUAGUGGGUUCAUAGUAAGCUUUAUUAGGCUUUAACAUUUAUCUGUUUAAUAUUUUAACGUGGUUAUGAACUUGUUCUGACACAACAAAGGGGCAGUCGGUGAACGUCAGGGAGACUCAUUGUUGGUAUUUCGUUUUUAAAGACUGCAAAAAAUUUAGGCAAUUGUCUAAGUAGGCAGAUUGGAAUUACACAUCUUUUUCUUACAUUUAUUUUGUCAUUGUACAUGCAAAUUGCCUCUUUUCUUUAUUUUAUGGCAUUGUGUUUUGCUUCAUAUGGGAUGCUCUAUGUGUUUUUGAGCAUAGAUGGAUUGGCAUGCAUAUAGACAACAUAAUGGGUCAUAUGCUUUAAGAUUACACAAUAAAACAACAAUGAAACAUGG